AUGAAAAUCAAUUAAGCAUGUUUGUUGUGUUCAGUCACAGGAUACGCUAUAAUAUUAGAAGUGAUCGUGAAUCGUGAAGGCUUUGAACAUCAACUUCCGUUUCUCUUUCGUCGUGAACAUUGUUCUUUCUCUUGAUUUUCUUUUACCAUUUGCUGCACUUGAAGUAGGUAAAACAUGGUGCAGCGAUUAACAUUUAGGAGACGUCUCUCCUACAACACCAAAAGCAACCGUCGGCGUAUUGUCCGGACACCCGGUGGCCGGCUAGUCUAUCAAUAUUUGAAGAAGCCCAAGAAGAUCCCCAGAUGCGGUCAGUGCAAGGAGAAGCUGAGAGGUAUCCAGCCGGCGAGACCGAUGGAAAGGUCCAGGUUGUCCCGUCGCAAGAAGAUGGUCAAGCGCGCCUACGGAGGAGUUUUGUGCCACAGAUGUCUCAAGGAGAAGAUUGUUCGAGCAUUCCUCGUUGAAGAACAGAAGAUUGUGGUCAAAGUCCUAAAAGCAGUCAAAAAGUCAAAAGAAAAGGCAUAAGAUAGUUUUAUUUUAAUAAUUAUAACUGUUUUGUGAUUAUAA